AUGGGAACUCUCAGUGGUGGUCAAGGUUCUCGGUCGCAGUAUGGGUUACAAAGCUUUAUAUAUUCGGUUGAAAACCAUUUGGAAUGCGACAAGUACAUAGAGGCCCGACCCACUAUCAACAAACCCGUUCCUAAAAACAAAUCUAAUAUCACCUCAGCAGCUAUUAAUGGCAAGAAUGAGUCAACCAAAGCAAGGAUAGUUGCGACAAAUAAGGAUAUAGUAGUUGUAUUGACUGAAGAUUGUGAAGAUGAUAUGGAGCAGACUGAUCAAAUGGCUAUCAUAAGCGAUACUACAGAGGGACCGUUAAUGGAGAGGGUGGAACCACCUGACAUACCCAUUGAAGUAGAACAGGUUCUGUUAGAAACUCUUGCAGAUGAAAAGCUGGGUUUUGAGUCCAUGGCUAGGGCAUUGAAGGAAGGACAAGUAUUCUCUUGCCCAACUCCUAACGAUUAA